AUGGACAUCGCAGCGCAGAUCUCAAAUGAUUUGGCGAAUUCCGCGCUGGUUUCAUCGGUUAACGGUGUCCUGUGGGACAUGAAUAAGCCACUGGAAGGUGACUGUUCGCUUGAGUUUUUCAAAUUCGAAAGCGACGAAGGCCGUGACACUCUCUGGCGUUCUAGUGCUCUCAUUCUCGUCCAGGUUCUCGAGCAAGAGUAUGGGUGUAAGCUUUGCAUUGAAUCCUGCACAAACGAGGGUUUCUUCUACGAUGCGUUCUACGGAGAUUUGGGCUUAAACGACAAGCACUUCCCCAAGACUGAAGCAGCUGUUAGUGAACGACAACCAUUCGAACGUGUUCAAAUGACAAAAGAUGAGGCACUCGAGAUGUUUUCUGAUAACAGUUUCAAGGUCGAACUCAUCAAUGACAUCCCCGAGGACGAGGACAAGACCGUUACGGUAUACAGAUGCGGUCUCUUGGUUGACUUGUGUAACGGACCACAUGUACCAAACACUUCCUCUGUGAAAGCUUUUAAGUGUUUGAAUGCAUCAUCAGCUUACUGGAAAGGCUUAAGGAGUUUAUACUUCCACGAACAUGGCGUGCUGAAGGAGUUUAUUGAGAAAGAAUACAAGAAGAGGCGUCACAAGGAGGUCGAAUCACCAAUUCUAUCCGACAUGGAGCUCUGGGGAAUAUCAGGACACGCUGCAAAGACAAAGGCUCGCUCGUACAGAGACUUUCCCAUUAGAAUGGCCGAGUUUGGAGUGUUGCACCGAAACGAGGCAAGUGGAGCGCUUAGCGGGAUGACACGUGUCCGACAGUUCGUACAAGACGAUGCACACAUAUUCUGUAGAGCGGACCAGGUCGAAGAAGAAGUGAAAGGUGUGUUGGAUUUCGUUGACUAUGCUUACAACAUAUUUGGCUUCUCCUACGAGCUAAAGCUCUCAACGAGGCCAGAGAAGUACCUUGGAGAUAUAGAAACAUGGGACAAAGCUGAGGAGGCUCUUAAAAAAGCCCUAGUAGCUUUUGGGAAGCCGUGGCGUGCGAACGAAGGAGACGGUGCGUUUUACGGCCCGAAGAUAGACAUAACAGUAUCUGAUGCAAUGACGAGGAGAUUCCAAUGUGCUACUUUACAGCUUGAUUUUCAACUCCCUGCUCGUUUCAAGCUUGAAUACACAAGUAAAGAUCAAGAAAAGAGGGAGAGACCUGUGAUGAUACAUAGAGCCGUCUUGGGAUCUAUCGAGCGUAUGUUUGCUAUAUUGUUGGAGCAUUACAAAGGGAUACUGCCCUUUUGGCUUAGUCCACGUCAGGCCAUAGUUUGCACUUUAUCAGAGGGAUUCAGUAAGUAUGCAGAAAAGGUGAGAGAUCAGAUUGAAGAAGCUGGGUACAAUGUUGAGGUUGACUUGAGUGAUAGGAAAAUCGGUAAAAAGGUGAGAGAAGCUCAGGCUGCACCGUUCAACUACAUACUCGUCGUGGGUGAGAGAGAAGCUACAACGGGACAUGUGACUGUUCGGCUCAGAGAGGAUCCUCCUGGCCGUAAAGACUUGCCGGAGAUGAGCAUCGAGAAUUUGCUGGAUGAAUUCAAAUUCAAGACUGACAACUUUCUCUGA